AUGCAUUACUGGAGGGUGGACAUAGAAGGACCAAGCUCCUCCACCCUUUUUAGUCCGUGCAGGGAAGGGAUGGGAAGGGACGGGACCUGCCCUGCAAGCGAGCUGCCGCAUUCUGAGCCACCUAGUGGGGCUCCUCUCUGUCCUGCUCUAAACUUAGCCCUGACGGUGUCCCUCCUCAUCACAACAUGCACACCCCAGCAGAACACAAAAGAUGGUGUCCAGUUACCACACAUGUUGUCGUAUCUCACUGCUGAUGCCAUAAAACAGGUAGCAAGUUUGAUUGAGGAGGAGAGAAGGGAAAACGGUGCCAUGAAUUCUUCAACACAUCAGGAAAAUCCUCAGGGAACAAAUCACAACAAUUCUUCUUUGCAAGCAGCAGAUAAGAGCGUGCCGAUGGAGUCUUUCUCCUCCCUGCUGCCUAAAGCUCUCGCUGCUGUCCUGCAUCCAGCUGUGAAUUCAGAACACCAAACAGGAAGUCUAGAGGAAAACCUGAAACCAAACCUAGAACAACUACAGACAGAACUCAAAGUCCUGAGGGACCAGUUUGAACUGAUGAAGAGUCAGCACAACAAAGAAAUCAAGCUACUGAUGAACGAGCUUGACGAGGAGAAAAGGAUUCGUUUAACGUUGCAGAUGGAAAUUCAGAGGAUGAAGAAGCACAUGUCAAAAUGAGCAGAGGACAUCUAUCUGAAGAACUAAAAACUUCUCUCUGAUAAGAAAUGAUCGUGUUUCUGUGGGAAAAGUUUGUGAGAAAGUGAAAGAGAGAGAAGACUUCUUCCAACUUUCAUUUUGUUUUAUUUUCUGUUUAUUUUAUUAAUUUUACCAAAAGCAGCUUCAACAUCCAAGUGGAGCAAAAAAUAUCCUGAAACUGUGGUUCAGAGCUGGUCAGAGACUCUCGUGGAGAGAAAAGAUGGGAAAUGACAGCCCCAUGGUGCAGAGAUGUCUUUAUUAUGACGGGAUGAAGACAAACAUCAACAAUGCUUCUGAUCCCAUGAAUAAUUUCUUGGAACGAUCUAAGAGCCUAAUAAAACUCUUCUCCAAAAUCAGCUAAAUCUGUAAAAUCUUGUCUCACAAAUGAAACUAGACUUAUAAACAGUUGACUGUAAAUGUGACUUUACAGUGUGUAAAGUAACCGCUGUGAUAAACUGAUGAUCUUUGUUGUUUUAAAGAUUGUUUAUUUCACUUAAAAUGUGGUUUUUACUGUUAUUCUGUGGAAAUAAAUGAUAAAUGACCCA